AUGCCUCUUCCCGUACGCAGUGCUUCGGUCCGCACUACGAAUCAGGAUGCCAAACCCACGACUACCUCAACGAGGUCGCGACAAUCAGCUAGUCAAGCAAGCAAGCUACGUAUACCUAAACCGGAGACUAAGUUCUCAAGCGCAAAUUCGACGUUGUCAGAAGACACGUCAGCGGCAUUAAUCUGCAAGUCACCUGAGGAUAAGAUGCACAGUCAAUCCUCCUCGAGAAUACCGAGUCCUUUCAAGGCGACUCCUGGAGCCCAGUCGACGCAGAGGCCCACACAGUUGAAAGGGCAUGCUCGUCAGCGGAGUACUAUUUUGCCAUUUGUUAGUGCCCGACCAGCUACUGGCCAUUCUCGAUCUAUCUCCGCCGUGACCGUCAACACGUCUGCCACGCCAAACAACGAGAGACCACAAAUCCAGAUCAGGGGUAUAAAUGACCGCAAACCUACAUCUAGCUUGGCUUCUUCGAGGUCUAAUUUGAGCAUGUUACAGCGGAUGGUAUCCAUUGACAACACUGCUCACGCGACACCAAAUCAGCGUGCCGCCGGUCCUCUCACUCAAGUUGAGCUCUUGCAGAAUGAGCUACUGCAACUAUCUGUCGUCCACGAUAAGUCGUCUAGAAGCCUGCAUUUAUACCAGCGUAGCAUCAGGUCAUUCCUUGACAAGAAACAGGCGAAGCUUGUGUUACUGCACACACAGCUGCUUGAAAAGAGCCGAGCGUUCAGCGUUGCUCACAAUCUAUCAGCUCUUGAUAAGUGGCUUUCGAUGCAAGGUAGUUCACAGCAAGCCUCUCAGUCCAUCCAGGACCUCAGCGUUGCUCUACGAAACACACUGCACCUGAAAGGGAUAUUUGAUGAUGAAGAUGGUCUUGUCGAAGCCUUUGAAGGCUGGCUGAGUGAAGCUAGGGUAGACGAUCGCAAAGGGGACGGUUACGCCAGCAUUCAUGUCGACUUCGAGAGAUCGAUAGCUCCUGCUCUCCGGCGUUUCGAACAGCAGAUUACCUCCUUGACGAGUGUCCUGUCUUCUCUACCGCUCGCGGAACGGGGAUCUAGCUUGGCAUGUGUCAUACAGGAUCAUCUAUUAUUGGCCAAAAGCAUGAUCUUGCAGUGUCAGGUUAUGCUUGAAAUUGGUGAAACAAUUGUCACAAACCAUCGACGGUGGCUCGACAAUGAGAUCGAGGCUGCAUUGCACGAUCUUCACUCCGAGAGUCGACACGAUAACCCCGAUACAUAUGUGUCACCACUUUGGGAGAUCUAA